AUGGUCAAAAAUCAAAAUUUGAGAUGUGGGAUUUGUCUCCGUGGCUUUUGUAUUCCUCCUAAAAACUCAGCUUCAAAAGUUAAAAGAGAAGCUGACCGCAUUCAGUGUUUGAAAUGAGGAGUGAAAGCUCACAAGAAGUGACUGCAGAUGUAUUAUCACCUUCAAGGAAGCCCUAAGAAAUGGAAAUGAGGAGUCUGAACUGAAAUCCACCAUAAAGAAUGAGAAAUCUGUGGUACUAGCAACCAAGGCAUGCUUUGGAAAGAAUCAGGGCUCAAUGGCAGAGCCUUCAAUUUUGAUAAAGAAUAUUUGCAUUUGCCUUGCACUCUGUGGUAUCCUGAAAUUCAGAUGACUGUUUUAGACAGCACAAAUCCAGGCAAGUUGGUAUACAAUGACCCAAAAACCAGCAGCAAAAAGAGAUUCGGAGUAGUGGAAGCAACAUUCUUGCAAGGAUGCAAUGAUUGAGUUGGACGAUCAAAUAAUAAAUCUGUAGUCCCCUGAAUUUUCACUGGGACUUCUUGAAACUCUUAUUAUCACCAAUCUUGCUUGAUCAAUAAACACAAAACCAAGGAUGUGCAAUUUGUUAUCUGAAAGAUUAACUCUCUGACUAAAAUCAUGAUUAUCUGAAGUUCAUGAGUAAAAGUCAUCAUUACAAAUACUGGAGGAAAAAGUCUGUCUAAAAGUAAAACUUCCAAGAAAAUACUUGAAAUUGUAAAUGCUCAGUUUAAGAAAGACUUCAGUUCAAUCCAGGCAGUCGAAGUGUUGCCUAAGCAGAAGAUCAUUAGCUUCUGGUCAGCUUAUUUUCUAGAAGAAGCGAAUCUCAUGUUUGACAAUUUAGAUGAAACAAUGAAAGACACCACCACAAACAGUGAAAAACUUGACAGUUUCAUCCAAGAAACGGUGAAAGAGCAAGAGCAACGGAAAGCAGCUCAGAUCGCUUUUAUGAAGUCCAAUCAAGAGUAUGUUGUCAAGGCAGAGAGGCCUCCGAAGAACGAAGAGUUAGAGAGAAGGAGUAAGUACUUGUGCAAGUUGCUUCAAGGAAUCACCCAUGCCAAUGACAAAGACUUUACACCGAAGACUCAAAACUGUGCUAUCUGAAAGCUGAAGAUUACCACCGCAAGACACAAAAAUGAUUAUCCGUUAUUUUGAAGCAUUUAUUGUGGGCAGACGAUGCAUGCGUCAUGAUAUUUCGGAACUGACUUCGCCACCUUCCUCAUUGAUGAAUGAGAUGAAUACGAUGUUGAGUCCUUCGAAGAGAUCGUCCACAAGUGGACAUGAAGCAUGUGAUCGUUUAUUAAAGAUCUUCCAGAAAGUCCAAAAGUUGAUUACUACUCACUGAAAGACUUUAAUGCUGGAAACCAUUCUUCCCAGAUUCCUCAGUGCAAGUAUUGACACCACAAAGGCGGCCCUCUGAGAUACUUUGAGCAUGCAGACACGGUCACUUGGUUUCACCCUUAUUGAAAGAUUGUUUCUGGAAUUGAUUCUGACUAUUUUUGAUGGGCGUCCCCUCAGACGAAUAUUGUCGUUUCAACAAAAAUGAGCUGCCAAGAAUGUUUGAAAAAAGGCUCAACUGUGAAGUGAUUGUUUAGGGAUUGAGACACUUAUCUUCAUAUUCCUUGUGCCAUAACCUCUAGAUCAGAAUUUUAUAUCAAAAGAGAUUCUCAUGAGAUAAGGAUGCUAUGCAAGGUCCACAGCUCUAAAGGAGACUCUCCAAUCAAACUUACUAGAAGAGCAAAGCAGAAGCUCUGAUCCAAAGCACCCAGAAAAACUGAGGGCCAAUCUUUUUGCAAGCAAAAUAAAAAGUCAAAUAGUUCAUUGUCUCCGAUGUGAGUGGGCAACAGAAAAGUGUUUAAUGCUCUAGGAGAGGAGUCGCUUAAAGUCAACUGGAACCAAUACUCUCUCUUCUUUGGAGACAUCUCGCCAGACGAUGUCAUGGCUCGAAAGAAAUUGUCUAACACAAAAGUUGAUAUUGAUGAACUAUGUAAACUGCUAUGAAAGUCUCAAGAAAAUUUACCAGCCAAAGAUGUGUCUGGAGAUGCUUCUGAGCGUAUCUUCAGAGCAAUGAUCCAUCUGAAAGAUGACAACACCAAUGUGUCUGAGCGUAACAGGUACUUCUUAUGCCAGUUUAAACAGACGCAAGAUGUCAUGCCUCCAAUUUCAAAAUAUCUAGGAAAAGAAGUAAAACUCACCAAUGAGUUUACUCGAAUGGCAAGGAAAGUCAAAGGCCAAAAGAUCAACAUUAAAUCACUCAAGAAGUCUUCAAUUCGAAAUGUUGAACUCACCAAUUUCUGAGAAAAGUCUAAGAAGCAGUUCCAAAACAUGAAAGAGUACAACCGGGCUUUACACCAGACAAAGGCAGAAUUGUUGAUCAAGCAGCCUCAUGAGCAUAGAGUCAUACUGAACGACGAGGUUGGGUAUCACAUUUACUCUCUAUCUCUGGAGCUCAACCGACUAAGCGAGAUCAUCAAUAAAGAGACUCAGAAGUCUAUUGAAGAGUAUCAUGAGAAAGAGUAUGAAGCUCCUAGUUCCAGCACAAUGGCCAGGAUAGAAGAAGAGGCCCACCAGAUAGAUUAUUCCCUUCGCCAAGUGACUCCAUGGAAGAAGAUCAGGAGGACCUUUGUUAAAGGCCUUACUGCUGAAUUUGAGAAUGGAAACAAACAAACUUGCUGCCAAAUAUGCUUCUUUCAAGAUGACGACCCUCACAAUCUGAUUCACUACUGAGGAAAAUGCGGCAAAGGAGCCCACCAAGCUUGCUAUGGCUUCCAGUAUAAAGGCGCCAGGUUCAAGUGCGAUUGGUGUGAAAAUGGAGGCGACCGAGAAGCUUUGUUUAAAGAGCAAAAAGCAGUUCUUGAUGUUUUGCUUAAGUCUCCAAACACAACAAAUCAGAAAAGAAACAAGGAAAAAUCAAUUGUGUGCAUUGUCUGACACAGGGAAGGAGGGCUUUUCAAGCUGCUAUAUUCAGACAAAAAGCAUUGUCGAAAAUAUGUCCAUAUCUUUUGCUGCUUCACUUCGAGUCUUCAGUUCAAGUAUCCGUCUGUGCUGACAGAAUUUGAAGAUGGAGUGCUUCAACAAAUAGAGCAUCCUCAGCAGCAACAAUGAAUCGUUUGACAAGAAAGGAAGGGUUAUAUGCUACACUUAUAUGAUCAAGGCAUCAAGACUGCAGAGAAAGUGCACUCAUUCUGAGCUUGGCUUGCUGGCUUCAAAUUCGAACACACAACGGCUGACAACGUGAAAGACGGAAACUUAGUGAAGCUGAAAUAUUACGAAUGCUUUAGCUUCUCGAUCAAAAUACAGAAAACAAUAGACUUAGAAUUAAGGCAGAACAGACUUUCCUGUUAUAAUGACCCUGGGUUUGAUCUGGCUGAAGUUGAAGUGGAUUCUCUUUCCGAAGUCCAAAAUAAGCUUGAGUCUGGCAACCACACCCUUUCGGAGCUACCGAAGACAGUCCUUGAGCAAGUUAGGGAUCCGCUAGAUGAUGUUACCAUUUGUUAUGGAAAUUAAAAGUUA